UGGCCUAGCGCGUCGGAAGUUAAUACCAACGCGGCAUAUACUACUAGGCGGAUGACGUCAUAGCGCGAACAAUCAGGGAAACUCAUGAAACGCGCCCUGCUCGACUGGGCGUGUUUACUCCGACGCAGUCGACGAUCGAGCGUGUUUUCGAGAUCACCAGUGGAUCGAUAUUAGGAAGAAACGAGGAGGCGACUUGGGCGGAAAGGAAUCGAGGACACGCGUGUUGUUAAUAAAGUGUCUAUGAAGUGCUUACCGAGUGUCUCAAACAGCGGUAACGCGCGUUAGGAUCGAUUGAUUACGAAAACACGCGUCUUCUCCUUCGGAGAUACGAUGAUUACUCACACACGGACAAUGCUCGUUGUCGCCUGUUGCUUCUGGCUGGGCGUUGUCGUGGUGCUCGGCCAGUACGAGUGGCAAGCCCGCGACGCCUUCGAUGAGAUCCGCUUGAAAAUGGAUAAGAUUAACGAAGACAACUGCAUGAUACAUCAGCCCGAGGAGUUGUUUUUAUCGGAGGACACGGUGUCGCACCUGCCCGACAUCAAGGACGUCAAUAUCAAUCCCGUGUUCCCGAAUCGCACCGCUUUGCUGCACCUUCACAACGUGGCCCUGAGCAGAGCCUUCUUCUGGAGCUAUAUCUUGCAGUCGCGCUUUAUCAGACCCGCGAUCAACGACACCUACGACCCGGGCAUGAUGUAUUACUUCCUGUCCACAGUAGCUGACGUUUCCAGCAAUCCCUACAUCAACGCCUCUGCCAUUUAUUUUUCAUCCAACAUGUCCUACUCGCCAUCCUACAGAGGCUUUUUCAACAAGACCAUGCCUAGAUUUGCGCCACGUACCUUCAGGGCGGAUGACUUCAACGAUCCUAUACACCUGGAAAGAAUAUCCACCAGAAAUACGUUCACCGUAAAGGACCUUGGAGCGUCUCCCUCUAACAGCCUCAGCAAUGAUUAUACCACUGAUUUUUAUCGCAUAAAUGAAUGGUACAGGAAAUGGCUGCCAGAUAAUGUUGACUACAGGCACGACACUAAAACAACUUAUCAAGUCGAGAUCCGAUACGCCAACAACACGAAUGAAACGUUCACUUUCCACGGUCCACCUGGCGCCGAUGAAAAUCCUGGACCUGUGAAGUGGACCAGGCCUUACUUCGAUUGCGGCCGAUCCAAUCGUUGGAUAGUGGCUGCAGUAUCGCCUAUAGCAGACAUCUAUCCACGCCACACAGGCUUUCGACACAUCGAAUAUCCAACAUAUACUGCUGUUUCGGUGGUAGAAAUGGACUUUGACAGAAUAGAUAUAAAUCAGUGUCCCAAGAGCAACGGGAACAUCGGCCCCAAUAAAUUCGCCAAUACCGCGAGAUGUAAGAAGGAAACUACGGAGUGUGAGCCGAUACACGGCUGGGGCUUUCGAAGAGGAGGAUAUCAGUGCAGAUGUAGGCCCGGUUACAGGCUACCAACUGUCGUGCGACGACCGUAUCUCGGAGAACUGGUGGAGAGGGCUACGCAAGAACAAUAUUACAAUGGUUUCGAUUGCUUGCGUAUUGGCUGGAUUCAUAAGAUUCCGGCAUUGUGGGAGAGAGCGAGUCCUCAUAUCAGGGAAAAGUAUCUCGAACGUUAUUAUCAAUACAGAAACAACUCGACCGGUCCGUCUGCGCUGCGCGAAGAGAAAAUGAAUGUUUUGAAUGCUCUUAAUUUCAUCAAUCAAAUGGAUGCGAAAACUUGCAAGAAUUACGCGCCGCAAGAUCUGGUGUUACGCGGUGACAUCAGUUACGGUGCGAAGGAAUUCUUCGAAAAUGAGGCGAAAAUGGCGACGAGAUUGGCGAACUUUAUCAGCGCGUUCCUGCAAGUGUCCGAUCCCCUGGAGGUGUAUUCCGGCAAGAGGGUGACCGAUAAGCCGCUCACGGAAGAUCAGAUGAUGGGCGAAACGCUGGCUCUGGUAUUGGGCGACACGAGGAUCUGGUCGGCCGGGACCUUCUGGGACCGCAACAAGUUUACCAACCGCACGUUCUUCGCGCCGUACGCGUACAAGACUCAGCAGAACACGCGGAAAUUUAAGCUCGAGGACCUGGCUCGACUCAACGGCACAGACGAGGUGUAUACGAAGAACGAUUACUUCCGGACGUUGAAGGAACGCUGGGUCACGAACUUCGACCAGUUGGAGAAAUAUUACAUGAAGAUAAGGAUCCGAUUCGACGAGACCGGGGAGUACAUGAAGAAAUACGAGCAUUAUCCGAAUUUCUACAGGGCAGCAAACCUGGACCAUGGACACUGGACAACUCCGUACUUCGAUUGUAACGGCAAGGUGAAGCAGUGGGUAAUUACCUAUGCAUCCCCGUUUUUCGGCUGGGACAGCUUGAGGGAGAAACUAGAAUUCAAGGGUGUCGUAGCUGUUACCAUGGAAUUGCUUCAGCUAAACAUAGACCAAUGUGAUGAUAAAUUUUACCUACCAAACGCAUUCAAGGAUACGCACAAGUGCGACAGAAAAACGUCAUAUUGCGUGCCUAUUCUCGGCAGAGGAUUCAAUACAGGUGGAUACAAAUGCGAGUGUAAACAGGGCUUUGAGUAUCCAUUCGAGGAUUUAUUUACGUAUUACGACGGGCAGUUGAUGGAAUCCGAAUUUGAAAAUCUCGUUGUUGAUAAAGAAACGAGGUUCGAUAUGUUAAAAUGUCGAUUGGCCGGUGCUUCGUCGAUUCAAAGCAGUUGGGUCCUACUGUUAUCAGUCAUCAUGAUAUUCUUACCGGUUCAAAGAAGAUGAAUACGGAAUAACUUUAGUUAUUCGCAAGGCAAAGUAUGGAUUGUCGCAUUUUUAUACCAGCAUUUUUACACCAACUUAUAAUUCAUGCCGUCCAUUACAAGAGUAAGUUAAGAUAUAAACGUCGCUAAAUAGACGUAAGAAAAAAAAUUAUGAAUAGAUUAUUUAGUAAGAUUUUCUUAAUGCAGUGUUAAGUAUUAUCCACAUGGAAUAAUGAAUCGUAAUUUUUUAUAUGUAUCUACAGAGUGAUUCGAAGCAAACGUUUGUCCUUGAAAAAUCGUAUUCUUGAUUGAAUUCUAUGAGACGAUUUUUUCUCUGGCAAAAUUUUGGUAAAUGCUUUGUUUCUGAAUUAUAAUGAAAAACAAUAGUUUAUUACGAAUCCGACAGCCAGAAACGACGUUACAUAUAUAGCGUAAAUUAUCACUGUCAAAUACGUAAGCCUAUUAUUUUUCACUAUAAUUAAAAAUAAAACCAAAAUUUUGCAAGAGGAGCCUCAGAAUUCAAUCGAAAAUAAUACGACCUUUCGAGGACAAAGGUUCGUUUUGAAUUAUCCUGUAUAUAUUAACAUAAAUAUGUAUAACAUACAGAAUCUGAUUCUCAGUAUAGAAACAUGUCUACAUAAAUAUCUUUUUGAAAUUGUUUAUGAUGAUGUAGCAUUGAGAGCAAGAGAAAUAGAAUGAGAUUAAUAUAUUUAUCCUUUUAUUCGUUCAACCAUAAUCAUAUAAUAAUGGCAUCGAAGAGAUCUAAUGGUUGUACAACUAAUCCGUCCUGUGAUAGAUUAUAUUAGUUCAGUCUUUCUUAGU